UCAUGGGUCCUGAGGACACGUGUUUUGAAGGAGGAGUGUUUCCUGCUGUCCUCAGUUUCCCGUCUGACUACCCCCUCAGCCCCCCCAAGAUGAGGUUUAUCUGUGACAUGUUCCACCCCAAUAUUUAUCCAGACGGCCGGGUGUGUAUCUCCAUCCUGCACGCCCCGGGUGACGACCCCAUGGGCUACGAGAGCAGUGCUGAGAGAUGGAGCCCAGUGCAGAGUGUGGAGAAGAUUCUGCUGUCUGUGGUCAGCAUGCUGGCAGAGCCCAACGAUGAGAGCGGUGCCAACGUGGACGCGUCUAAGAUGUGGAGAGAAGACCGCCUGCAGUUCAACCAGCUGGCCCAGCAGGUGGUCCGCAGGUCCCUGGGCCUCUAGACAUGAGGUCAUCAGCCUGUGUGUGUGUGUGUGUGUGUGUGUGUGUGUGUGUGUGUGUGUGUGUGUGUGUGUGUGUGUGUGUGUGUGUGUGUGUGUGUGUGUGUGUGUGUGUGUGUGUGUGUGUGUGUGUGUGUGUGUGUGUGUGUGUGUUAAAGAACUGCUUCAGAGACUCAGUAUUAGAGGAGCAGUUUAACUCAAGCCACACCCCUUCCCAUUUUGCACCAAUGAGGACAGAGAUACAGCUUUCAAUUCAUGAGCCUAUCGAUGGCCCCCAUUGUGAUGAACUCACUGGUCACCUCUUCAUUCAAUCAAUAAACUAAAUGAAUACUACAAAUACCUCUUACCUCUUUUAGUGUGCAUGCGUUUCUUUGUGUCUGUGUAAGAAACUACUGGUAUAUGUGUUUUUUUCAACCUUGUGGAUAAACACCAGGUUUCUCCUUGCUAGGUGCUACUGUAGCAAGCUUACUGUACGUCCACACCAGAAGCGAAUUGAGCGACCAAAUCGCUGGAAGUCAUUCACUUUCUAUGGGCAAGAGCGACCAAAGCGACCAACGCUACCAGCGGCCAAAGUUCAGCGACCAGAGCGUCAAAAGAAAGUUGAAAACGUUUUAACUUUAUGCAAAUGACGCGCUUCAGCGGCCAAACACUGACAGCCAAUCGGAAUGUAGACGCUCUUCGCUUGCGUGGAUCCCAAGGAACACCGGCAGGCACUUUGGUUCCUACCUACCUUUAUUCACUCACUGAACAAAAUGUCGGCUGAAGUAUUAAUCGCGGCUGUAACUGGGCACCCGGUGUUGUACGACCCAACCCUUUUUCAGUUCAGAGAUCGAAACGCCAUAGUGGUUUGGAUACCAAGUGAUGAUAAGCGGGAGUAUUUAUACAUACGUUCGUAUUUAAGCGGGAAUCAUUUUCAUUUGCUCUCCAUGCCACCAAUCUAACCAACCAAUCGCGUGUAGCAUGCUUUAAACAAAACCAAAAAAGUUUUUGAAAUCGUCACAUAAACAAACUAAUCGACAAGACGAGGGAUACAUGACAAGGGAUAUAUCUCUUGUCUUUUAUCCCUCUAUUCCCCACUAUUCACGGAGCCUGAGGUGAAUAAUUGUUAAUUAAAUAGUCUAGAUAGAUAGAUAGCCUCGUCAAGUCUUUAUUAAUACCAAACGACACAAAUCGUCGGGAAUCCAUUUAGGUGGUUCGGCCCACACAGGACAGUGGCGCCUCCAGAAAAUUAUUCCAGGGGUGGCCAGUGGGGGCCACAGCAAAUCUUAGGGUGGCAUACUAAAAAAAACAAAAAACAUAACCCAAUUUAAAGGUUGGGUAUGGGAUUUGCGAAACGCCAGCAGAUUUUGAAAAUACACAACUCAAAUGGUCCUACCCCCUCUCCUUCAACGCUGACUCUGACUCCACCCAUUCCAAGUACCUGGACGCUAGGGAUGGGCAAAAUGAUUCUUUUCCGGGAACUAGUUCUUUCAGUUCAGUUCACUAUAACGAUUCGUUUAUUUGAUUCGUUCGUUUUGAUUCGUUCGUUACGUCAGAUUACAUCUUAAAAAAAAUAAAAAAUAAAAAAACGUAUUUUUAUAAAAAAAAAUUUUUUAAAUUGGUCAUGGGUCCGGAUAGGACCGUCAAGACCGCAGUCCGCAGUUUGCAGAUGCCUGCUAUUUAGUAUGUCCAACGUCCCACCAAUAUUUAUACCUCUUACUUACUCUAUAUUUCAUUCAUGGUUUUACAUUUAUAAUUUUAUUUUACUUUACAUUUAAUUCUUCAUUGUUCAGGCAUUACCGAACUUGCAUGGUCAUAAAUAAAAAAUACGAACUGCAGUUUAAUUUCUUUGUUUGUUCUAAAGUUGACGUAGAAUGGAGCAAAGACUCCUGGGAUUGGGAAAUGCGUUUAUCCAAUAAACAGAUGGAGGUCAAGUCUAUUUUCGAAAAAAUGUAGGGGGAUAUAUGAGUCGAAUGGUAUGACCCAAGAUACGUCAGACAGAGAAAGCGCGCAUAUUCGACGGUACCGCCUUGUCAUUGGUUUACCCAGGUGCCAUUCCAACACCAUUGCUACCUCUCAUUGGCUGAAUCUUUGAGAAAGUUGUAGACUCAAUCAAUGGAAGUCGCGGGGAGACGGAGCUCUGUUCGUUUGUAUAUUUUAUUUACGUGACCAUAUGUUUGGUUUAUGUUAAAAAAAAAGAAUCAAAGAACCAGUUCUUCUUGUUUUGGGGAACCAGUUCUUGUCGUUCACGUUCGGGAUUCGUUCGUUGUAACGAAUCAGUCGCGACCGACACAUCCCUACUGGACGCGCAAUCAUGCACGAGCGCGAACAGAGAUGCGCGAGAGCGAGCCAGGCUAGCGUAGGUUUUCGUUUAACAACAUGGCACUACAUUCAGCUGUAAAUUGCACCCAGUACCGCGGGAAGUAGGGGUGCUGGGGGUGCUGCAACACCCCCUGUCCGAGGCCCUGUCUUAUCACAGAAAACGAUCAUUUCUAAAAACAAGUGAAUCCACAAGGGUAACCGCUACACCCAAAUUCAGUUGUGGGGACUGUAAAGCAUCAGACAGAUACUUAAUCUUACCAAAAACUUGUGUCAUUGUCAGAAGGAGGGCAAUGAACUGGAGAUCUAUUUGUGCCAACAGACCUCUUGCUUCAGUAGCCCUGUCACCAUUUCUCUCUUCAGAGUCUUUUCAGUAGGCACAUGAUAGCCGGCAGUCUAUCCUUAACCGUUUUGCAUGCAUUGUACCGACAUGCCCACCGUGUCUCUAUCAGUCUUUGUAAUUCUCUUGGUGCCCCCUGAUACAUUUCUCUCUGUACCUCUAGCCACUUUUGAUGUACAUGGGACCCUGACACAAAAACAUAGAGCCUCUGCAAAAGAGAAAAAAAACAAUCUGCUUCAUUGAGGCAUUUCACACUGUCAACUAAUACCAAAUUGAAGCAGUGUGCAUUGCAGUGCACAUAGAAGGCUAAUGGGGCCUCUGCCUUAAUCCGUGCCUGGACACCUGUGUUUUUCCCACUCAUGACAGAGGCCCCAUCAUAACCCUGUCCUACUAAGUGAUUUCUGUAAUCAAGUCCAUACUUUUGCAUUAAUUGUAUAAUUUUCUGUGAAAGUGAUGCAGCAUCCAGGCGCUCUGGAGCUUCGAAGGCCAGAAAGCUUUCCAAUAUAGAGCCGUUAUAGUAGUACCUAAUUACAAAGGACAUCUGUUCCUUCUUACUGAUAUCUUUUGUUUCAUCAACCAUAAUGCUGAAGGCCUCACUUUGAGCAACUUCAUUAAUUAUAGAGUUGCGCACCAUUUCUGCUAGGCAGUCCAGCAUUUCGUUUUGAGUUCCGUGACCCAAGUGGCAUUCUUUUGACUUUUCAUUUUUUUAUCCACUAAUUUGUCAUGUUUGGCCACCAGUUCCAUGAUGGUGAGGAAAUUUCCUCUGUUUUCACCAUGUUUCUCAUCAUGAGCUCUUUGAGCAAUAUUCUGUGUUGCAGUUAGAAGUAGGGUGUCACCUAUAGUUUUAACAUAUUCACGGUUCUCUUUGAUUAAUUGUUCAUGUCCUGAGCUCAGGGAGGCAGAGAUGCUUUGUGGCAUUUGGUCUUUCUUUAUUAUCCAGGAAAACAUGGCAUUUCUAUGGGAUUCUGAUUUUGCAUGUGCAGCAAAUCCACCAUCUCUGAAUGUAGCUUUCUUCCAGUGCUUAAACCCUUCCGCUGUAUAUGCAGAAUCCCUUGAAGAGGGAAGACUGAAAUGCCGACAGGCAUAACAGAAGGCAGCGUCUUUACUUUGGGAGUACUCAAGCCAUUUAUGGACAGUGUACCAGUCUUUUGCCGCUUUUCCACCUGCACAUGUAGCUCGACUCGACACGACACGACUCGACACGACUCGACACGGUAGCAGCGCGGGUGCUUUUCCACCGCAAAUAGUACCUCCGCGACGUGGGCGGGGUCGUUUGCGCGAAAGGGCCGUGACGUAUUUUUGUACGCGACGCAAACAACACCUACGUAACCCACACAUGGACAGAACCCACAUAACAACAAUGGAGAACAUCGAUGCGAUGGUAUUCGUGUUCGUAUUAUUAGCUGGCAUGUUGAAGAAGUGGAAUAUGUUGGCUGCGGCGCUACUAUGGCUGUUCUAUCGUUACCAGCAUGGUUGCCAUGUCGCUCUCGUGACUUCGUCACACUCUCUGGCCAAUCAGUGGCCGGCCGUCUGCCGACGUCACCUUUUAGCAUCGGCUCAGCCGCUUGGAACCUAGAGCGAGGCGGUACUAGAAAAAGCAGCCACUUGAGGUACUAGAUCGCGGUGGAAACGCAAAAAAGGCGAGCUGAGUCGAGUCGAGUCGAGUCGUGUCGAGCUGGUACCAUGCAGUGGAAAAGCGGCAUUUGAUGAAGCUCCUUCUUUGACCGCCUACAAGGGUCCGAGGGAAGAAUCUGAGCUGUGGUUGUUUGGGUCCUUCUGCUCUUGACUGGGAUAUAUCUAGGAUGAAUCACAAGGGAAAUUAUCACUUUGAUUACUAAAAAGAAGCAUAAGAAUACAUUCCUCCAGAUCAACCACCGAUUUACUGUACAACAGAACAUGAAUAUGUAAUAACUCAUAAUUCAAAGUUGACAAGCUAAAGCAAUAUAUUUAUCUCUACAUUGGUAUUGGUAUACAUUGGUCUGACAUCAAUUUUAGGUUCUGGACCAUUUAAUUUACACUACUCCAGAUCACUUAACCUCAGUAGCAUUUUAUACUGACAAAAAGUUCACAUGCUACACCCAUGUAUAAUCUUCCUCAUAUUCAACUGCAAAUCUACCCUCUCCCCUGUGGAUUUCAUACACUCAGCCGACGA